UAAGUGCAGAAAAACGAUGUAGCGCGACAGAACGCGCGACAAAGAGCAGCACUAGGUGCAAUAUUGCCGAUCGUCGGUGCACGCGAAAUAAGACGAUAUCUGCUUGUGUAUGACGUGAUCUAACCGGAUCUACUUACGUACGCAGAGAAAAGAGCGGCUCCACUUUUCCAUCUAGUUUGUCUAUCAACCGGAGAUCUAAAAUAUCUCGGACGAAAAUGGCCAGGAAAGUCUGUCACGUCACAUUGAUUAUUUCAUUGUUGAUCUGUGCUCAUUUGGGAAUGGCUGCCCCUAAUUGGGUGUCCGAUUUUACAGACAAUAUCAACAGAGAGGUGAUGAAUUUAACGAAAAAUUUGGAAACACAGAUAAAUUAUACAGUACAACAAACGCUUGCGGAAGUCAACAAAACACUCGAGAAUCUACCAAGAGAUGGACAAGGACGUUUAAUAACAAAUGGACAAGUAACAACUGGCGGCAAUAUCAUAAAUUUCAAAUCUGUAAAUGGUGUUAGUAUGACACAGACAAUCAAUUCUGAUUAUAAAAACGGAGAACCAUUCGUGAUUGUUGUUAAAGAACGAAAUGAUGGGAAUUAUCUUUAUCACGACGAGACUUCUUACUAUCCAAAAACUAAUGCUACCGAGAGCAUUCACUGGAGAUUGGAUCUCACAAAUUCAGAUGCUGAACCUGAAUUCUUCCCGAACGAGCAAUAAAACAAUAUUUUAUUUUCAUUUUUAUUUUCAUGUUCUAUAUUACAGUUUUUGUACUUGACCCAUUAUUGUACAAAUUUUUCUAUUAAACGUAUUUGGCUGAAUUUUAAUAUAUAGGAGUGGCUAAUU